UUGAAGAUCGGCUCUGCCCUGCUGACGUCGUCGAUAACAUGAACGCCGUAAUUUUGCGAGGAAGCGCGUUUUUCGGUGACCAAAGAUGUUUUUUUUAGGAACAUCGAGGCGAGACAAAGAUGGAAAGAAGCGAUGCACCACGAACAAGGGAAAUCCACGACGGUCGAUCAUUCCGGUCUUGUGUGGCGACCGAUCUUUCGCUCGACUGUUUCGAGACCUGGCAACAUUUCAAGAUUCGGUCGUAGAGAGCAAGAGUGAAAAGAGGAAGAAGAGCGUCUCAAGGCAUCGUCAAUCCGCACGAUCUAUGAGCACGAUGGUCGUUUAUUUCCGUUUAACGAAACCAUCGCUCAUAAUUCGAUCGCGUGCGCAGGCACGAGUCGCGUCGAAUCCCAGAUGAUUCAUUUUAUCGGUCCCAUGAGAGCGCGUUAUCGUGUUUCUCAUGU